AGCUAGGUUUGCCGAACUGAAGAGCCAAGCGCCCUUUAGAAGAAAAAAAAAAUAUCUCCUCUCUCUCUCCGUCUCUGUCUCUCUCUAAACAUAUAUAUAGUAAUAUAUAUACACACACUUUCUCUCACUAAAAGCAACAAUGGCGGUCUCAUCUAGAAGGUCAAGCGGACCGGUCUUACCGGUGACUUCCUCCUUUCAGAAAUCAGUCUCACCUUCCGGUCGAUUCUCGUCAGAAAAGUCGUCGUAUUCGUCUUCGUCAUUCGCUUCAUCCACAAGCUCUAGUUUCUAUUCUUCUCCGUCCACUGGUUUCUUCCACCGAUCCACUUCUCCGAGUCGCGUGAAUCUCCAUGGACUCGCUUCUCCCGCGCCGUCCGUUCGGUUCUCGAUCGAUAGAUCGAGGUCUCCUGGCCGUUCGAUGGCCGUGUCUCCGCGAGAUCACGUCGUUCGCAGACAGAGCAACAUCCCGAAGAAGUCAUGUAUGUGUUCGCCAACGACGCAUCCAGGCUCGUUCCGUUGCAGUCUACACAAAAAUAUAAACAAUCAGCACUCGGUUUCGUAUUCGCCGCAUCGGUUGAAUGCUCGAAGAUCAGCGAUGACGAACUCGCUUGUUCGGAUCGGAACUGUUGAAGGCGAUUUGGUCAAGCGAGCUUUAUCCGCUCUGAUUCGACCAUCGUCGCAUCAACAGAAACGUAGAGCCUCGUUUCAGCCGAGGCCGAGUCGGCUUUCGGUCAUGUGGAAAGCUGACGAUAUAUGAUCACAGGUCGGUUAUGUUAUCGUAUUUUUUUGGCUUCUAGAGUUCGUUCGCCGUGGAAGACGACCGUUAGAUACCGGCGAGUUUGGUUGCAGUUUUUUGUAUUCCGGCAACUGGAAAUAUUGAGACAGCACGAAGUAAAUUCCCCUUUGUACAUAUGAUUUGCUUCAAUUGAAGGAAAUUUUGGACA